GUAGAACGUGUCAGUGCAGUGUUUCUCCUCACUGAUUGGUUUUGCGGGCUGUCAGUAAGGUCCUGUCUCGGGACAUGGCCGCCCCCUGUUGUCAGUGAUUGGCUGUAGGAAGUGUCAGUUUGGAGGCUCUCCCAAUGGGCGGCCCGGGGUGUGUGCGGUGCGCGCGGUGUGGCCGGCCCGGCGGCGGCGGCAGCGGCAGGAGGCGGUGGCGCGCGCCUGGAUCCCGGUCGCGAGGAGGCGGAGGAGGAUGUGGCGCGCGGAGGGGAAAUGGCUGCCGAAAACAAGCCGGAAGAUGAUCAUGGGAACAGCAAUGGCAGUCAUGUAAAAAUCUUUUUACCGAAGAAGCUGCUUGAAUGUCUACCAAAAUGUUCAAGUUUACCAAAAGAGAGGCACCGCUGGAACACUAAUGAGGAAAUUGCAGCUUAUUUAAUAACAUUUGAAAAGCAUGAAGAAUGGCUAACGACUUCCCCUAAAACAAGACCACAGAAUGGUUCUAUGAUACUGUACAACAGGAAGAAGGUGAAAUACAGGAAAGAUGGAUAUUGCUGGAAAAAGAGGAAAGAUGGGAAAACCACCAGAGAGGAUCACAUGAAACUGAAGGUCCAGGGAGUGGAGUGCCUAUACGGCUGUUAUGUCCAUUCGUCCAUCAUCCCCACUUUCCACAGAAGGUGCUACUGGCUUCUUCAGAACCCUGACAUCGUAUUGGUCCACUACCUGAAUGUACCUGCCAUAGAGGACUGUGGAAAACCAUGUGGCCCCAUCCUGUGCUCAAUAAACACAGACAAGAAGGAGUGGGCAAAAUGGACGAAAGAGGAACUCAUUGGACAGCUCAAACCGAUGUUUCAUGGCAUUAAGUGGACAUGCAGCAAUGGGAACAGCAGUUCAGGGUUCUCUGUGGAGCAGCUUGUACAGCAGAUCCUUGAUAGUCACCAGACCAAACCACAGCCUCGGACGCACAAUUGUCUCUGCACCGGCAACUUGGGAGCAGGUAGCAGUGUGCAUCACAAGUGUAACAGUGCCAAACAUCGCAUCAUUUCACCAAAGGUCGAACCAAGGACAGGUGGGUACAGCACUCACUCAGAGGUACAAAAUAAUGAUGUCUCUGAAGGCAAGAAUGAGCACAGUCAUGGCAAGACCUCCAGCCGGGAGAAGAGGAAUGGCAAAGUGGCAAAACCUGUGUUGCUCCAUCAAAACAGUACUGAGGUCUCUUCCACCAAUCAGGUGGAAGUUCCUGACACUACCCAGAAUUCUCCUGUGUCCAUCAGCAGUGGAUUAAAUAGUGACCCUGAUAUGGCUGAUAGCCCAGUAGUCACUGGUGUCUCCAGCAUGGCUGUUGCCUCGGUGAUGGGAAGUUUAUCGCAAAGUGCCACAGUAUUUAUGUCAGAAGUCACCAGUGAAGCCGUGUAUACCAUGUCACCCACCACUGGCCCAAAUCAACACCUCCUAUCCUCAGAUGCCGCUGCACAAGGACUGGUACUGGCUGUGAGCUCAGAUGGCCACAAGUUUGCUUUUCCUACACCAGGCAGUUCAGAGAGCUUGGCUAUGUUGCCCACCAAUGUCUCUGACGAGCUUGUGCUCUCUACAACUCUGGAUGGUAGCAGAAAAAUUCCAGAAACCACCAUGAAUUUUGACCCAGACUGUUUUCUUAAUAAUCCCAAGCAGGGACAGACUUAUGGUGGAGGAGGCCUAAAAGGAGACAGCAUUAGUACCAACAUAAGACAGUCGCCCACGACAGAACGUGGGUUCAAUUUCAGUGCAGCCCUAACUAAAGAGAUUAAAACUGAGGACACUUCUUUUGAACAACAGAUGUCCAAAGAAGCGUUUUCCUCCACUUCUGCAUCUAAUUCUCUCAGCCUUACUACAGGGUCAGGUCUGCUUCCAUCUGGAGGCGGGCUGAGCCCAAGUACCACCUUGGAGCAAAUGGACUUCAGUGCCAUUGACUCCAACAAGGACUAUUCUUCCAGUUUCAACCAGACAGUCCAGAGUCCUCAUGUUCACCAGACCCCUUCCCCUAGCUUCUUUCUGCAGGAUGCCAGCAAACCUCUCCCUCUUGAACAAAACACCCAUAACAACUUGAAUGACACAAGUGGCUCUUUUGUGAACACUUUAGGAAUCCCCAAUGUGAAAACAGAAUCCUCCCAAACAACCUCUAAUUGCAAUGGCACAGUGGAAACUAGAAUAGAGUCCACCUCUUCUCUCCAGCUCAUGCAGUUCCAAGCAAACUUCCAGGCUAUGACUGCAGACGCUGAAGUUCCCAUGGAGACCUCCCAGCAGGCAGAAGGGAAUGAAAAUCUUCUUAAAUCAGGGGAUCUUCAAGCCUGUAACACAGAGCACUACAUGCAGCCCGAGGCCAAUGGUGGUAUCAGGAAUGGGAAUAAUCUCCCUAUUCUCCAAGGAAAUAUGGUGCAAGGACUCUACCCAGUGGCCCAUCCCAGCUUAAACAACUCCUCCAACAUGGAGCUUAAUUUGGACCAUUUUGACAUCUCCUUCAGCAACCAGUUUUCAGAUCUUAUUAAUGAUUUCAUAUCAGUAGAAGGUGGGAGUAAUGCCAUCUAUGGGCACCAGCUGGUGUCCGGUGACAGUGCCGGGCUAUCUCAGCCUGAAGAUGGCAACAGAGCAACCUACAACCAGGCUGAAAUGUGCAUUCCUUGCUGCAGCCCUCAGCAAGCCAGCAUGCAGCUCAGCAGUGCCGAGAAUGGAACCAGUACCAUGGCAUACAUGCAUGUUGCUGAGGUGGUCUCAGCAGCCGCAGCACAAGGCACCUUGGGGAUGUUGCAGCAGAGCGGGCGCUUAUUCAUGGUGACAGAUUACUCACCAGAGUGGUCUUACCCUGAGGGAGGAGUGAAAGUCCUAAUCACAGGCCCCUGGCAGGAAGCCAGCAAUAACUACAGCUGUCUGUUUGAUCAGAUCUCAGUGCCUGCAUCUUUAAUACAGCCAGGGGUGCUACGCUGUUACUGCCCAGCUCAUGAUACCGGGCUUGUGACUCUGCAAGUUGCCUUCAACAAUCAGAUCAUCUCCAACUCUGUGGUGUUUGAAUAUAAAGCCAGAGCUCUACCAACCCUGCCUUCCUCCCAGCAUGACUGGCUGUCCUUGGAUGAUAAUCAGUUCAGGAUGUCAAUCCUGGAACGACUUGAGCAGAUGGAAAGGAGAAUGGCCGAGAUGACGGGAUCCCAGCAGCACAAACAAGGAGUAGGAGGCGGGGGCAACGGGAGCGGGAAUGGAGGAACCCAGACGCAAUGUGUGUCUGGGACCGGGACGUUGGGCAGCUGCUUUGAGAGCCGUGUGGUGGUGGUGUGCGAGAAGAUGAUGAGUCGUGCCUGUUGGACAAAGUCGAAACACCUGAUCCAUUCCAAGACUUUCCGAGGAAUGACCUUGCUACACCUUGCUGCUGCUCAGGGCUAUGCAACACUGAUCCAGACCCUCAUCAAAUGGCGCACCAAGCAUGCAGACAGCAUUGAUUUGGAACUGGAAGUUGACCCUUUGAACGUGGAUCACUUCUCCUGCACGCCACUGAUGUGGGCGUGUGCACUGGGCCACAGGGAUGCAGCCAUUGUGCUGUAUAAGUGGGAUCACCGGGCCAUCUCUAUCCCUGACUCUCUUGGGAGACUGCCGCUGGCUAUUGCUCGGUCCCGGGGUCACGUGAAGCUGGCAGAGUGUCUGGAGCAGCUACAGCGAGAUGAGCAAGUGCAGCUUGGGCAGAAUCCCAGAGUUCACUGCCCUUCGAGUGGGGAGUCCAGCUCCGAGAGCUGGGUUGCCCAGUGGCAAAGUGAAAUCAUUACUUCUCAAGAGCCUCAGAAGGGUGUCACUGUUAUGUCCAGUUCAAAUACAGAGUUAAGACGACCAAGGUCUGAGCCCUCCAACUACUACAGCAGUGAGAGUCAGAAAGAUUACCCAGCCCCCAAAAAACAUAAACUGAACCCCGAGUAUUUCCAGGCACGGCAAGAGAAGCUGCUUUCCACAGCACUGAGCCUGGAACAGCCAAGUGUCAGGAAGCAGAGUUCCAGCUCCAAGCAAUCCAUCUCUGAGACAAUCAGCCCCAGUGAAGGGAUAAGGGACUAUGGCAGGGAGCUCUCCCAGCACAUCCCAGAAGUUGCUGGGUAUCGGGGCUCUGGUGGCCAGGCAGGAAUAAAGUGGAACCCAAAAGACGUUUAUAUUGGUGUGUCUGCGGUGCAGAUGACGGGAAGCCAGAAGGGGCUUGCGUUGGGGAAGGACACCGUAGCCCACCGGCUGCGUCAACGAGAGCAGAUGAAUGUGCUGAUGAUGGCUGACAGGGAGAUUGUGGAUGGGGAGCUACUUUCCUACAGGGACAGUGUGGAGAAUGAGGACUGCUUACAGCACAUGGAUGACUUGCAGGUGAACAUGAUGACACUUGCAGAGCACAUCAUUGAAGCAACGCCUGACAGGAUCAAGCGGGAGAAUUUUGUGCCAAUGGAGUCACCGCUGGUGGAGAGGACAGACAAUGCUGCCAUUAGCACCACGAUGAGCUGGCUGGCCAGUUACCUUGCUGAUGUCGAUCAUAUACCAACUGCUGCACAGAUAAGAAGUCUAUACAGUGAACCCCUGACCCCUUCUUCAAACACCAGCUUGAGCCCAGUAGGCUCACCAGUCAGUGAAAUAGCUUUUGAGAAACCCAGCCUUCCUUCAGCCGCAGAUUGGUCAGAAUUUCUGAGUGCAUCCACCAGCGAAAGGGUAGAGAAUGAGUUUGCACAGUUAACUCUGUCUGAUCAUGAGCAAAGAGAACUCUAUGAAGCUGCCAAACUCGUCCAGACAGUGUUCAGGAAAUACAAGGGCCGUCCUCUCCGAGAACAGCAGGAAGUGGCUGCUGCUGUCAUUCAGCGUUGUUACAGAAAAUACAAACAGCUUACUUGGAUAGCCUUGAAGUAUGCACUUUAUAAAAAGAUGACACAAGCUGCCAUCCUUAUCCAGAGCAAAUUCAGAAGCUAUUAUGAACAGAAAAAAUUCCAGCAGAGCCGACGAGCCGCAGUGCUGAUCCAGCAGUACUAUCGCAGCUACAAAGAAUGUGGGAAGAGGAGACAAAAAAGUCGAGCAGCUGCCAUUGUACAACAGAAACUUAGAAGCAGUCUGCUCACCAAGAAGCAGGAUCAAGCUGCUCGCAAGAUCAUGCGGUUUUUACGACGCUGCCGCCACAGCCCUCUGGUGGACCAUAGGCUGUACAAAAGGGGGCUGAAUGUUUUUGGAGCACAAAUGUGUGUGUUAAAUUGCAGGCCCCAUGCUCUGGGGUGUCAUUCUUAUUGGGCCUUUCUGUCUUUUUUGUUUUGCAAUCCAAAUGAGAUAUCUGGAAAAAGGCAAGAGCUCCCAUUUCCUAAAUUUCACACAAGCCAAUUCAGCUCUCAGAGCAACAGAGUGAAAGAAUUGAAAAAGGCCAAGGAACUUGAAGAUACACAGCAGCAUCCCGUAGCAAUGUGACAUUGCUUUUCAGACUGUUUUCAUUUUCUGUUUUUAGCAGAGACAUGCAACAACAACAAAAAACCCACUGCAGUUCUGGGAAUCUCAGCUGCAGGAUUUUAACAGUAAUGUUUUGGUCAUUGCAUUUGCACUUUCAUGGACAACUUUUAAUUUGUUCAGCAAGACAUCUUG